AUCCCGCCCAUUGUUCAGCUUUCUGUUCUCGAGCGUCUCCGCUCCAACCCCCCAUUGCGGGGAGCCCGGGAGGUGCCGCCGCAGCCCCUUUUCCAGCCGGGACGCAGCGGGGCCGACUUCCCCGAGGGGCCGGGGCCGCGUGUCCUGAGCCUCCGGGCCGCAGGCGGGACCGACGCGAUGUAGCGCGGGCGGCGGCGGCCGGGUGGGAUGCUAUGGAAUAUGACGAGAGGCUGGCCCGGUUCCGGCAGGCCCACCUGAACCCGUUCAACAAGCAGCAUGAGCAGAGGGCUGGGGAGGGGGCCCCAGAGGCUGCUUCUGAAGAGGCCGCCCCGGAGCCUGAGCUGUGCUGUGCUGAGCGCGUGAUGGAUCUCGGCCUCUCUGAGGACCACUUCUCCCGCCCAGUGGGCCUGUUGCUGGCCUCUGAUGUCCAGCAGCUGCGGCAGGCGAUCGAGGAGUGCAAGCAGGCGAUUCUGGAGCUGCCGGAGCAGUCGGAGAAGCAGAAGGACGCGGUGGUGAGGCUGAUCCACCUGCGGCUGAAGCUCCAGGAGCUGAAGGACCCCAACGAGGAUGAGCCCAACAUCCGAACCCUCCUGGAGCAUCGCUUCUACAAGGAGAAGAGCAAGAGUGUCAAGCAAACCUGCGACAAGUGUAACACCAUCAUCUGGGGCCUCAUCCAGACCUGGUACACAUGCACAGGAUGUUAUUACCGGUGUCACAGCAAGUGCCUGAGCCUCAUCUCCAAGCCCUGCGUCCGUGCCAAGGUCAGCCACCAGGCCGAGUAUGAGCUGAGCAUCUGCCCCGAGACUGGGCUGGACAGCCAGGAUUACCGCUGCGCCGAGUGCCGGGCCCCCAUCUCCCUGCGAGGCGUCCCCAGCGAGGCGCGGCAGUGCGACUACACGGGCCAGUACUACUGCAGCCACUGCCACUGGAACGACCUGGCCGUCAUCCCCGCGCGCGUCAUCCACAACUGGGACUUCCAGCCGCGCAAGGUGGCCCGCGGCAGCCUGCGCUACCUGGCGCUGAUGGUGUCGCGGCCGGUGCUCCGGCUCCGCGAGAUCAACCCGCUGCUGUUCAACUACGUGGAGGAGCUGGUGGAGAUCCGGAAGCUGCGCCAGGACAUCUUGCUCAUGAAGCCGUAUUUCAUCACUUGCAAGGAGGCCAUGGAGACGCGUCUGCUCCUACAGCUGCAAGACCGGCAGCAUUUUGUGGAGAACGAUGAGAUGUACUCGGUCCAGGACCUCAUGGACGUCCACGGAGGCCGCCUCAGCUGCUCCCUCACCGAGAUCCACACCCUCUUCGCCAAGCACAUCAAGCUGGACUGUGAGCGGUGCCAGGCCAAGGGCUUUGUGUGUGAGCUCUGCAGGGAGGGCGACGUGCUCUUCCCUUUCGACAGCCACACGUCCGUGUGCACCGACUGCUCCGCUGUCUUCCACAGGGACUGCUACUACGACCACUCGACCACAUGCCCCAAGUGUGCCCGGCUGACCCUGCGGAAACGGUCGCUCUUCCAGGAGCCUGGCCUGGAAGUGGAGGCGUAGGGUGCACGGGGCGCUCAGGGGUGCAGAAGGCGCCUGCUGGGCCGAGGCGCUGUGUAGCUGGUCAUCGUGAACGCUCAAGUCAAGGUGUCCUGCUCUGGAGACCCCCAGGUGCGAGCCCCGGACUCUCCACUCUUCUGGAUAGAGGGGUCAGCAGCUUCCACAAGGACCUGCUGGGCGCUUGCUGGGAUUUGGGGCCACCGUGGUGCUGGCCCGGCUUCCCAGGCUGUGCUGUUUGAGGGUCAGGAUGUGGCUCCUGCCUCUAGCCCACCCCAGGGCUCUGGGGAGCGAGGGCAUGGGGGCUUCUCACUCCCCACCCCCAUGAAGCGCAGCCCCAGUGCACUCGGGCCAAGGCUGCCGGUCUGUGGGCACAGUUCUGCUUCUGUCCUGGAAUGUAUGAGGCCAAGACCCCCACACGUGACACUUCCUAUCACACGUCCUUGGGGACAUGAGGGCGCCAAGGCCCCCAGUCACCUGCAGCGGUUGGGGUUUUCCUGUAGGCCCCCAUCCCUUCUCAGCAACUUGUUCCUUCGGUGGCUUCCUGUUGUCCUUGGCAGGGCCUGUUCGCGCUGGUCUCCUGGGGCCUGUCCUGGCUCCCCAUCUUCCCUCCUCAGGCAGAGUCUGUCUGGGUGGGGGGGCUGCCCCUUCCGUCCAGCUGGGAGAGCAAGGGGUUGUGGAGUCGUGCUCUGCUGGGGACCAGCUGCUGCUCCCCCGUCUUGGCCCCAGGUGCAGAGGGGGUCUGUGCCCCAGGGGGGUGCCCGGGUUAGGCAAGAGGGUGGGUCACAGCAGCCUGGGCACUGCAGGGUCACACUCAUCCCCAGGGGGCUCCGUCUUGCUGCCAUGUGCCUGCGGAGGGCUCUGGAUGGCUCAGGGGUCCAGGUUGGCGAACAAGUGGGCAGUUCCCUGCUGGACGGAGACCAGGCAGGAAGCCCAGAGCUCACAGUGGAAAAUUGGGGCAGGGGUGUGGGACCCUCCCCCUCCCCCUCCCCGUACCAAAGGGCUGCCCCUCACAGCCCCCCGGAGGGGCGAGACCCACAGCCUGCCGUCAAGGGGAAAGCUUGUGGACGGGGCGGUGCAGGGCUCGGCUCCGUCUUCAACCUCAGAGGUGCUUCUCGCCCUGACCGGCCUGGUGGUGUGUGCUCGCAGCAGAGGCACACAGACGAGGGCAGGAGGGCGGGAAGCGGCUUCCUGUGAACCCAUCACUGUGGCCAGGAGGCGAGCCUGAGGACAGGGCACCUGAUUCGACACCGCGGGCUCCUCGCCUCUCCGCACCAGUAGGCCAGAGAGAGAACCAGAGAUGCCUCGUCCCCACGGUGGCUUUGGAAAGGCUCUGGUGUGUCUUCUGUUUUGUUCUCCCCGUCUGGAAACGGGGUGUGGCGCUGACCUGCUCAGGGUGGGUGAUAGCAAGUGAACAUUGGAAGGACGGUAGAAGGUGGCCGCAGCCCCGCUCCCCUGUGCUCCUUUAGGGUUAACGGAGUUGCCAGAUGCCCUCCUGGUACCCCAGGUCCGCACACUUCCGUGUCACUUACCCUGAGGCUGCUGGGCACAGUCAAGGUGGCGUUUCCCACUUGUGUGAUCACUGUGCCCCUGGGAAGGGUCCUGCUGCCCCCCACCCCGCACACCUGCCCAUGUGCCCCCUGGAUGACAAGGUCUUUAGACAGAAUCGUGUUCGGGGCUUCCCCUGAGUCCAGGUAGAACCGGCUUGUGCAGGCCGAAUGGAAAUGUGCAAGUGCACCCGGAGGGCAGGCCCCAGCCCCUGUCACCGUCAUUAAAUCAUGUUCUGUAAA